AUGGAGGCGCAAUCGUCCAAGGAUAAACUGAACAAUUUGUUUGCACAGGUAGAUGAAAAAAGGCGAAAAAGAGAGGUCCCUGAUUAUUUGUGUGGCAAAAUCAGUUUCGAAAUGUUACGUGACCCUGUGAUAACUCCGAGCGGUAUAACAUAUGAUCGUGCAGAUAUUAAGGAACAUUUGCAACGAGUUGGUCAUUUUGAUCCAGUUACUCGAGCGCCACUUACUGCUGAUCAACUUAUACCUAAUCUUGCUAUGAAGGAGGUUGAUACAAAAGUAGUAUCUUCGUACCUCAAAAUUACCUUUGUGACUAGACUCAAAUAUGUCCUUACUAGUCAGUUGACGACUAUAGUCAAAGAUCGAGAAAUUGUUUAG